UCAUCGCGUUAUUUUUUAUUGUGAAACUCCGCAGCCGAGAAAAAAAGCAAAGAAACAUCUCAAAAAGCUCUAAAUUAUUUAUAAUUUUUUAGUGUGAUAGCCGUAGUAGAUAAAUUUUAUAUUCAAAUGUUAGAGAUUUCCCAUUAAAAUGCUGGCUUUACUAUCAAGAUGUGUGAUAUUAGUUUUUGGUACCCUUUAUCCCGCCUAUGCAUCAUAUAAGGCUGUAAGGACAAAAGAUGUCAAGGAAUAUGUCAAAUGGAUGAUGUAUUGGAUCGUUUUUGCAUUCUUUACAUGCAUCGAGACAUUCACAGACAUAUUUUUGUCAUGGUUUCCCUUUUAUUACGAAAUAAAAGUCAUUCUCGUGAUCUGGUUGUUAUCGCCAGCGACGAAAGGAAGCUCGACCCUCUACCGGAAGUUCGUUCAUCCGAUGUUGACGAAGCGGGAACAGGAAAUUGACGAAUAUAUCAAUCAAGCGAAGGAAAAAGGAUACACCGCAGUCCUUCAGCUCGGAUCAAAAGCCACAACGGCAAUCAUGCAGACAGCGAUCAAGGGAGGCGGAGGCCUGGUGCAAACAAUUCGCAAAAGUUACAGCUUAAGUGACUUAUCAGAACCCGAACAGCCGAGAUCCAAAGAUGACAUUGAUGCUACAGUUCGACUUUCACAACAGCAACAGCAGAGAAUGUUGCGAUCACAAACGCGAAACAAUCCGAUGAGAGGCAGGCCGAACGUGGAAAUGUCCUUUCCUGAGUUGGAUUUGCAGAUGAAACGAUCGAUGGGUGAUCAGGGAGUGGAUUAUGAUUACAUUCGCUCUUCAGACAACAUCAGUUCGGGAUAUUCGAGUGCUGAACCGGGAUUAAGUCGAGCAGGAUCAAUUUCGAGCACGACUAAGACAAGACUUCGUUCCAAAAAUCGAUCUGAGUUCCCUGACGACUUAAUUUCUGAUUAUGACGAAACACCCCAAAUCCUCUCGGAAGACGAAGACGAAGUGCAAUUGAGACAAAGAUCGUUUGAACAAAGAGAAUUUCUCCCGCAAGACUUGGAAAAGUAUCAAUUGUUCCUGAAAUGGCUUGAAAAUGAGAAAAAUCGAGAGAAAUCCGAAGAACUUUCGAUGAAAAUUGAAACAAAACCUCUUGAAACAAUCAAAGAAGUACCUCGCAGAGUCGAUAGUCCUGAAUUAACUGUUCCCGAGUCUCCGCAUCGUCGUUCCGUGUCACCGAUCGAACAAAGACUCGAAACUGUCGAGCAAGAAUUGAAAGCUUUUACCUUAAAACCACAAGAAGACGAGUUCCUGGAUGUAAUUGACGACGACGAUGAUCGUUCGAUCACGAUUUCAGAACCAACUGCUUCAACAGUGAUCGAAAAUCCCGAUUGGACUGCACAAAUGUUGGAAAAAAUUGAAACUCUGGCAGAUGGAUUGACAAAAAGUUCAUUGUUGGAACCUGAAAUUGACUCAAUGGUCACUGUUGAACCGAAAAAUAUUGAAAAAUCAAAGAAUUUAGACGACAUUAACUUACCGAAAGACAUCCAAAUUGGUCCGAAGGUCAUUCAUUUGGAUGCGGAAGAAGAAGGUACUUCCUCAGAUAAUCCCGCGAGCGACGAAGAAAUCGUCAUUGAAUCCAAAUUAACAAUUUCCAACUCGCAAAUCGCUCUUACAACGCUUAAAACUUCCUCCUCGCAAAAUUCUUUGAACAAAAUUGGAUCACGUCGCUCAAGUUUGACCGGUUCACAAUCAAAUCUUGCCAAAGCUAGUUCCUUAACGAACGUUUCUGAUCAAAAACCAUUCGAGAAACCCACUUUAAUCUCUCAUGGCAAAGGAAAAGCUCCUGUUCCGCCGCCUCUUCAAGCCAAAUCAUCCACGAAUCCCGAUGCUGGCAAGCCUCCGAUGCGUCCUGCACCUUCCGAUCGCUUGAACAAAGAGAAAAAACGCAGAUCUGGCGGCGGGCUUUUCUCAUCAUUCACGGGAAUCUUCAAGUCAGACCACACGAAAGACGAUUCGCAUGAAGAUGGACCUCGCGAAACCCGAAUUUGAAGCCCGGAAAGAGCAAUGUCUUCAAGUUAUUCAUCCCUUCCAAGGACAAAAAAGUCAGAAAGAGCUGCAAAGACGACCAGAUCCUCGUCAAGGAGUGACCGAUCAAUGUAAUCACCUAAAAAAAUAUUUUAAAAAAUGAAUUAAAAUGUCCAAAUAUUUACGCAUUUAGCUCCUAAGUGACCCUUGUAAGAGUUUAAUUUUAUGUCCCUUGAACAUUCAGUUCCUUAUAUUGUAAAAUUUAUGGACAAAUCAUGGCAAAAAUAUCAACUUAGCGAAAAUUUCAUGUUAUUUAUGAAAAAUAGAGAUAAAUUGUAGCUAGGAAAUUUCUAAAAUUAAAAAAAAUUGUCUCCAGAGCUUAUCCGCAAACCGUAAUAAAGCAUUUUCGCUUUUAAAACUUUUUAACAGAGUGUUAAAUGGAAUUGUUGUGAAUGAAAUUAAAAUAUAAGAGAAAAAAAUA